CGUGUUUAUGCAUUCGAGCGUACGGAACAUAGUCUUCAUUUUAAUUAACGUAAGGUUGUAACACCUUUUUUUUUUAAAUCAUAGCGAAAUGCAGUACGGAAUAUGAGAGUCAUGGUGAAACCAUUGAGGGUAGCGUAUAGAAUAUUCUGAUCAAGUCUUAACAGCUAACUCUUGCGUGGGGAUUAGGAAACCUAGGUGGCAGGGGAGGGAAGCGUGCUACUUAGUUGAGGGACGAGCGAGCCUCUUGCGCUGGUACCAAAAGAAUGUAAAAAAAAAAAAAAAAUCAAUUUUUCUUCACUUAAACAGUCAUCCAAUCCUUCCACUAAUCAUAUAUCUGGUUUCUUACCUUGACUUAGCCUACCUGCCUUUUGUCUUGUCGCCCAAUAAUCUGUUGGUGUGGCCACGUUAUUAGAGACCGACCAAUCUAGGACUCGGCAUUGUAAUCUAAUUGAGACUUAUUAAAUUUUAUUUUGUUUUUCAGAAGUGUCUAAUAAUAAUACUUACGAGUUGAUAUUGAUAGAUAUGUGUUUGUAAUAAAGUUUUUAUCUUUGCUAAUUCAUAACAGAGUUCCGAACGAGUCAAUUGAAUACUUCUAAAUUGAGUAUGUCUCUAGUAUUCUUUCUUACACCAAGUGGAUAAAUUCUAACGAAAGCGUGUUUAUAUUCUGUUUAUUUAUUGAAGUAUUUCUGUGACCUUGUUAUCUCAACGCAAACUUGGAUUCAAACAAUACUGGAUACGUUGUAAUGUAGUCUGUGUAUAUUUUCAAUCAUGUUAAUAAAGACUACAAUGGAUACACUCUCUGGACGUAUAGUUUACAUUCUUGCUGUAUUAUUAUGUUUACACCGGUCUUGUAAAGGACAGAAUGUCCCGAUCUUUUCCAACAUACCAAACACCAUAUCUGUGAACGAGAAUGCCACUGUCGGAUCCAGUAUUUACAGAAUCACAGCAAAUGACUCGGAUAACGGUGACACACUGAACUACACGCUGUCUGCGAGUGCCACGUUUACCAUCGACUCCAGUACUGGGGACAUAGAACUUAUCUCCGCUUUGGACUAUGAAAGUUCCACCAAAGUUUAUGCACUCACCAUUACGGCUAUGGACCAAACUUCCCGAACUGCAACAGUUACUGUAACAUUCAGCGUAGCAGAUAUUAAUGACAAUGCGCCCACCUGUUCAAAAACUAUUAUUUACGCCUCUGCGGACGAAAACUCCCCCUUAGGUACCUCAGUGUAUAGUCUAACAUGCUCAGACAAAGACAGCAGCACCAACAGCAACAACGUACUUGUGUACAGCAUUACACCUGCCAAUAAUUAUUUCAGUGUUGGCUCUUCAUCGGGAGUUGUCACAACAACCAACACAGCGCUGGACUACGAGACUACCACAAUGGAAACUUUGAUUAUCGAAGUGUCCGACUCUGCCACUGCCGAAGCUAAGCUUACAACAACAGUAACCAUAUACGUCGUUGUUACACCCUUAAAUGACAAUGAUCCGUCCUGGACAUCUGGUAACUCGUUCAGCAUAAAUGAGAAUGCUGCUAUAGGCAGCACGCUGUUUACAGCUGUGGCUACUGAUGCUGAUAAAGAUGUGGGAGGCACAUUGACCUAUUCACUCCUGUCCAUAUCAGAAACCCCCAGCACGAGCGCAGUCACUGGGAUGUUUAGCAUAGACUCCAUCACAGGGGACGUAACUACCAUGAAGACACUGGACAGAGACGGCGGAGUGACUGGAUACAUAUUCAAAGUUCAGGUCACUGAUGGAGGUACAGGAAGUCAUAUUGAGACGUCCACAGUCACAGUCACUGUCAACGGAAUCAAUGACAAUGCACCCUACUUUCUCUCUACACCCUAUGGUGUCAGGUCUAUUCAGGAAUCAAAUGCUUUGGCUGGGUCCAUAGUCUACCAGGUGUCUGCUGCCGACAACGACCUGGGUACAACAACAACGUUUGCCUACUCCGUCAGUGCUGUCAAGUCUGGAAGUUCUUUCACGAGUGAUUGGGAAUUUAGUACUACCACAGCAGGUUCUUUGACUUUUAAAAAUAAAUACGAUCUUGAUGUAGCUGGAACUUCAGCACUAACCAUACUAGAGCUCAUUGUGACUGAUGGUGGGAGCCCAGUGCUAACCGGCACGACUUCACUAACCAUCAGCAUUGUAGCAGACAACGAAUACACGCCAACAAUCCAAUCUCAAACAGCUUCACCAAUCACAAUAGAUGAAGACACUCCCGUGGGAACAUCCGUAGCAAAAUUCACUGGCCAAGAUAGUGAUAUUGGAGCUGAGGGCACUUUGAGUUACUCUAUUGGUGUCACAAACACUGGUGUUUGUUCCUCUAAUCCAUUUGCUAUUGACUCCUCUGGUGAAGUCACUAUAAAGACAGCGCUUGACAGAGAAACGUGUGCUGGAUAUGUCAUACAGGUAGUGAUCACAGAUUCUGGAGUGUCACCAAAAUCAGUGUCAGGGUCGCUCACGGUGACCAUUAAUAAUGUCAACGACAACCAGCCCUCCUGUUCGCCCCUCUAUGAAACUGUACACAUCCAGGAACCAGCAGCCGUGAAUGACGUGGUGACAACAAUUGCAUGCACUGACGCUGAUGGAGACACUCUGACCUACUCUGCCCUGACUAACAGUGCAACAUUUACAUUUACCACCAACCAAAUGAAACUCUUGACACAGGUUGACUAUGACUCUGCCACCCAGUAUUAUGAUGUUAAUGUUGAAGUCACUGAUAGUGUUCACGUCCAGACAGUCAAAGUCAGGGUUAUAGUUGACCACAAAAAUGAAUUUGAUCCAACAUUUGCGACUAACCCCACUUUCUCUGUGAAUGAGAAUGACAUCUCCAACCCUGUUGUGACCACAUACACAGCUUCAGAUGCUGAUUAUAGUCCUGACAACAUUGUGUCUUAUGCUUUACAAUUUGCUAUUGCCACUGAUGAAAAUUUUUUUGGAAUAGACACCAGCUCAGGAAAAAUCAGCCUCAAAGCUGCUCUGGAUUAUGAGGCUAAACAUGUGUAUGCACUGACUGUUGUCGCAACGGAUGGUGCUGGUUCUAAAGGAACAGGAACUGUAACUGUGUCUGUUUUAGAUGUUAAUGAUAAUGCACCCACCUGCCCCCAGUACACAUAUGUCAAAAGUGUGUCUGAAAAUUCAAGUCCUCAAGUAAUUGUUAACAGUCUUGGCUGCACUGAUCCUGAUGGCACCGCUAUAACAUAUGCUCUUUCAAUAUCUUCUGGAACAUCAUUUUCAAUCAUAAGCACUGACAAAGUGAAUUUAGACUCUGACCUAAAUUAUGAGGCUACUUCCUCCUACACCCUGACUGUGAAAGUUACAGAUGCUGGCACACCAGUGUUGACUAGCACAGUCAUCAUAUAUGUUGAUGUUAUCAAUGUCAAUGACGGUGCUCCAACAUUUUCACCCACAACACAGACAGUUUCCCUUGAUGAAAACGUUGCUGUUGGCACAUCAGUAGCAGAUGUAGUAGCUACUGAUCCUGAUGGAACUGAUCCUACUUUUGGUGAUUUGCGUUACUCCAUUUUGAGUGGGGACCCCAAUUCCCAGUUUUAUAUUGAUGUCAGCAGUGGGCAUGUAUCUACCAGGAACACAUUGGACUUCGAACUACACCAAUCAUAUACUUUAAUUAUCCAGGCCAAAGAAAGAGGUGGUACUAACUCUGCCACCAUGACUCUCACUGUCAGCAUCAAUGACUUGAAUGAUGAAUGGCCCACAUGUUCAUUUAACACCUUCACUGCGACAGUUUCAGAAGAUAAACCUAUCGCCUACACAGUCUCGACCUUCCUCUGUACUGAUAAAGAUGCUAGUCCAUCACUGACCUACACAAUAACUAGUGGUGAUACCAGUCUGUUUGAGAUGAAUGCCAAUGUAUUACGGCUCAAGGCUCAACUGGACUAUGAGACAACACAGAGUCAUGAUCUUGUGGUCACUGUGUCUGAUACUGUGGCAGCUCAUAAUGUGCUCAUCACUGGCACUGUUGUUGUAGGCAGUGUGAAUGAGGGAGCUCCAGUUUUUCAAAGCACACCAUACACAACGCAAGUCAGUGAAGCCCAGUCAGUGCCUAAUGUUAUCUUUACUGUAACUGCACAUGACUCAGAUUCACCCUUGGAUGUCAAUGGUCAAGUCAAGUACUCCUUCGUAGCAACAUAUUCCCAAUUCAGCAUUGAUCAGUCCAGUGGUCAGAUAACUCUAGUUAAGGCCCUUGAUAGGGAGACAACUCCAAGCUAUUCUCUAGUUGUAAAAGCAGAAGAUGCCACCAAUUCUGUGACUGCAACAGUGACAGUGACUGUAGACGAUAGCAAUGACAACACUCCAACAUUCACUCAAAGCUCCUACAGUGCUUCUAAACCUGAACCAGUUUCUGCAUCCACCACAUUCAUCACAGUAUCUGCCACUGAUGCUGACUCAAGCACUAAUAACUAUGGAGUAGUUGCCUAUGCUUUAUCUGGAAGCUCAGACUUUACAAUCAAUCCAUCAACUGGUGCAAUCACCAAUGUCAAUAGUCUCGCAGCUGAUAGUGGAACUACCACUUAUGUUUUAUACAUCACUGCAGUUGACAGUGGAGGUCUGGCUGGUGCCCGGACAGGAAGUGCUGUGGUGACAUUGACAGUGACAACUGUGAAUGGCUAUGAUCCAGUGUGCAGCUCCCCAGUCGAUGUCACCAUCAAUGAGAACCAGUUUGCUAUUGGCGACACUAUAGCCUCACAAACUAUAACAGAUGCUGACACUGGAACUGAUGGGGAAGUGAUUAUGUCUUUUGAAACUACACAAACCAAAUUUGGCUUACUACAACAUGGCAUGGUGGGAGACAUUUAUUUAUUGCAGAACUUAGACUUUGAUUCAGGGGAUACUAUUUUUCAUUUCAAUAUCAAAGUACUAGACAAGGGCAGUCCAGCAAAGUCAGCAACGUGUACAAUGACAGUCAGUGUCAAUGACAUGAAUGACAACCCCCCUAUCUGUACCAGCAUUGUUAAUGUUCAGCAGGCAGAAGGACAGACAAGUAUAGCUACCCUGUCCUGUAGUGAUGGUGAUCCAAAUCAAGUUAUAACAUACACAAUAAUUAGCACCACUCCAAGUACCAUAAGUCCCACUGUUUCAACUUCUGGAGUUGUCUCUGUUGGAACAGCAUUGAAUUAUGAAACUGGAAGCUCUUAUAAAAUAUUAAUAAAGGUGGAAGAUAAUGGCAGUCCUAUCCAAAGUACUACAGUCACUGUCAAUUUACAAAUAACAGAUCUGAAUGACAAUGACCCAACCUUGAGUGGACCAUUUACUUUUACAGUGUCAGAAUCACAAACUGCAGGGAGUACUGUGCUCUACACUGCCACUGCUUCUAGCAAUGAUGGUCCAACAGAUACCUUGACCUACUGGCUGUCUAGCACAACCUACUUCAGUAUCUCACCUGCUACUGGGGAGAUAACUCUCAAUACUAAUGCACCAGACUAUGAAGUAGUUGGUGCCACAUAUACAAUGACGCUGUAUGUGAAAGACUCAGCCAAUCCCACUUCACGUACAGCCAGUCAGGCUUUAACAGUUACCAUUACAGAUGUCAAUGACAAUAUACCCGUCUUUUCUCCCUCCGUAUACUCGACCAGCAUUCCAGAAGGCACUGCCGUAGGCACCACCAUUCAAACAGUCACAGCUACAGAUGCUGAUGGUACAGCCACUUUUAACACUGUGACUUACUCCAUCUUCAGUGGAGGCGCUGGAGUUUUUAGUGUUAAUAGUGCAAAUGGAGUAAUAACCACAGCUGCUGCUGUAGACUAUGAAACAGCUACUUCAUACAGCCUGGUUGUCAAAGCUUCAGAUGGGACAAAUACUGCUACUGUGACCUGCAACAUUCAAAUAACUUCUGUAAAUGAGUAUGACCCUAGCUUUUCUCCAUCUACAGUAUCACUAACAGUGGAUGAAAAUUUAGCUUAUGGAACAACAGUGACAACUGUGGCAGCUGUGGACCAAGAUCAUGGCAAUGAUGGAGUAAUAGUCUAUAGCAUCAGCACAGGUCCCUUUAUGAUAGACUCCAGCAGUGGUAAAGUUCAAGUGAGUGGCGUAUUGGAUAGAGAAACGACGACUUCUUACACACUAACUGUAUUGGCCAUAGAUAAAGGCUCAACACCCAAGACAGGAUCUUUGACACUCACAGUGUCCAUUGCUGAUGUCAAUGACAACACUCCCUCAUGUGUGCCAAGUAACUAUGCAGCCUCCAUCCCAGAGUCAGCAACAGGUGGUGAAACUCUUGUAACACUGGCUUGUACUGAUGCUGACCUGGACCCAAGCAAUUUAAACAAUGCUUUGACUUUUGCCAUUGCAACCGGAGAUGCAACAUUAUUUACUGUGGACACCUCUGGUGUGGUCAAAGUGAAUACAGGGGCCACAUUCGACAGAGAAACUACUACUUCUUACACAGUGACUAUUAGCGUUGUGGACAAAGCCACAACAGGAAAACUGACCACUACAGCCACAGUCAGCAUCACAGUGUCAGAUGUCAAUGAUAAUGCUCCAACUUUUACAACACUGCUAAGUCCAUCUGUACCAGAGAACAAAGCAGUUGGUACCACUAUCACCACUGUUGUAGCCAAUGACUUAGAUUCUGGAAUCAACAAGGAACUUGUGUAUGCAAUCACCAGUGGCAAUAGUGCUGGAAAAUUUUUUAUGGAUCCUGCUGCAGGGACAAUAACUCUUCUUUCCAGUCUGGACUAUGAAACUACUACAUCCUACAGUUUGGAGAUCACAGUCAGAGAUAAAGGUUCACCCUCUCUGAGUGUGUCAAGUACUAUAACAGUUACAGUCACUGAUGUCAAUGACAAGCCUCCUGUGUGUGCCUCUACGCUCUACUCUGCCACAGUAGAUGAAAACUCCCAGGGCACAUCUGUUGUGACUGUGUCAUGUCCUGACUCUGAAACUGUUGGUACAGUGGUCUACUCUAUCACCUCAGGGGACACAAACAGUGAUUUCAACAUCAACCCAGCAACAGGAGAUAUCACCACUGCAGCAAGCGCCAGUAUAAACUAUGAAACAAAACAAAGCUACCAGCUUGAAGUUACAGCCUCUGAUGGAGUGAACUCUGCCAAGACUUAUGUUGAGGUGACAGUGAAAGAUGUUAAUGAGGCUGAACCUCAGUUCAGUCCUGCUGGGCCCUACUCUCUUACUGUACUAGAAAGUGAAUCAAUCGGCUUUGUUGUCAAGACCAUCAGUGCCACUGAUGCUGACACAUUUGAUACUGUUAAGAUAUAUUCCAUCCAAGGGGACAUAACUUCAAGGUUUAUGAUGGAUGCAACUUCUGGAGUUAUCAAACUCCAAGGACUGUUGGAUCAUGAGACUACAUCAUCUUACUCUCUGACUCUAAAAGUGGAAGAUUCAGGGGGCAAGUUCUCUACCACCACUCUGACCAUCAAUGUUGGUGACAUGAAUGACAACAGUCCAGUCUGCCAGCCCACAUCUGCUGCUGUGUCUGUGAAUGAGGGUGCGACCUCUGUUACUCUCUACACACCAUCAUGUAGUGAUUUGGAUACAGUUGCUACUCCAACUUUAAGAUACAGCAUUUCUAGUGGAAGUCAUGCAUCUCUUGACAUAGACACAGCCACUGGUGCAUUGUCACUGAUAGGGAGCUUUGACUACGAGACCAUCACAGUUCACAAUGUGAUCAUUCAUGUGAGUGACCAGGGGACACCCACAGCCAAGACUUGCACUGUCAGUGUUGUGAUCAAUAUCAACCCAGUGAAUGAGUUCCCUCCCAUAUUUACCUCUGCUACCUACUAUGCCAGCAUUUCUGAAAGUACUGCACUAGACACUUCAAUAGCACAAGUGACAGCCACCGAUGCAGAUAUUGGACUCCUACAAGGAACUGUACGCUACUAUAUUGUCAGUGGGGAUGCACAGCAGCAGUUUGCUAUUGACCAAUCCACAGGAAAGAUCAAAGUGGUGAAAGCUUUAGACAGAGAAGCAAUCAGCACAUAUUCUCUAGGGGUCAGGGCCAAGGAUGAUGAUCCUGGAUCAGCCAAUGAAAAAAGUGCUGAUGCUGUUGUUCAGAUAGACAUCACAGAUGUGAAUGACUGCACCCCUGUGUUUAACCCUACUCUCUACACUGUUGAUGUGUUGGAAUCUGCCAAUUUUGGGCCUGCUGUGAUCCUGAAAACCUUCACUGUUAAAGAUGAUGAUAUUGGAGCUAACGCAGCCAUGACCAUAACUAUAACAUCCGGAAAUACUGGAAACAAAUUCUCAAUUUCUGGCACAAGUCUUAUCCUAAGUGGCCAAUUAGAUUAUGAGACUAUCAAAUCAUAUGAGCUGGUGCUGACAGUAACAGAUGGAGGUACACCAUCACGAAACUCAGCUGGCCGAGUGUUGGUGAAUGUACUCCCAGCAAAUGACAUGGCACCCCUGAUGACUGUAAGUACUGCUACAACGACCAUUCCUGAAAGCACUUCUGUGGGGACACUAGUGUAUGAUGCUGAUGCCACAGAUAUUGAUGCUGGAGUUGAUGGCCAAAUUACUUACAGCAUUGCCAGUGGUGUUACCAACAAUGAAUUUGUCAUAGACUCUGCUAGUGGUGAGCUGUAUGUGGGAUCUCUGCUGGACUAUGACACAACACCAAACACCUAUGCCAUUAUCAUCAAGGCCACAGAUGGAGCUGGAGAAUCAGAUGCCAGCACCUCCACUACUUCUUUGAGCAUUAUAUUGUCAGAUGUCAAUGACAAUUACCCACAGUUCAGCUUGACUAUGUUUAUUUUUAGCAUCAACGAGAAUGUGGCUGUGGGAACUACUGUUGGCACUGUUGUGGUUACUGAUAAAGAUGUAGGCAGCAAUGGAGCUGUGACUUUGUCUAAGGUGGGAGGCAAUGGUUUGAACUUCUUUGAUAUUGAUGCUACCACUGGAGUUGUUACUACAAAGACAACUAUUGACUAUGAAACCUUUUCGGUAUUCUAUUUGACUGUCAAAGCUCAGGAUGGAGGAACACCAUCACUGACCUCCACAGGCCUGGUCAAAGUGACUAUCAACAACAUGAAUGAUAACAAUCCAAACAUCGUACCUGUUGAAUUUGCAGUGAUUGUCCCAGAAAAUGCAAUAACAGGAACCACAGCAAUGACUUAUGUAGCUACUGACAAGGACACCAAUAUUGAUGUCUUCAGUUUAUCUACUGCUAAUUCUUUUUUUCUGGUUAACUCUGCCACUGGGGAAGUGACAACUAAAGCUGCACUGGAUAGAGAGACUACAGCAAGUUUUGUUUUGUACAUAUGGGUGAGAGAUUUUGGCACUUCCAGUGAUGCCAGCAUACACACCUCCACUGCCACACUGACAGUUAUAGUAUCAGACAUCAAUGACAACAGCCCUCUCAUCACAGGCACAUACACACCAUCUAUUGCAGAAGACUCAGCCAUCAACACCCUGGUGAUGACUAUAGCAGCCACUGAUGCAGAUGCUGACCAGAACAGUCAGUUGGUCUAUACUAUCACUGCAGGCAAUACAGGAAGUGCUUUUAAAAUUGAUUCAACUGGCAGAGUUCAGGUUGCCACAGCUUUGGACAGAGAGACUAAGGCAUCAUACACUCUGACAAUACUUGUAAGCGACAAAGGGACACCUCCCUUGACUGAUCAAGUGAAUGCAGUCAUCACUAUCACAGAUGUUAAUGAUAACACCCCUGUCUUCUCCCUCAGCUCUUACACCUUCAACAUCAAUGAAAACUCUAAUGUCGGAACUGCCAUUGGUACAGUUGUGGCCACUGAUGCUGACUCAGGGGCUAAUGCUGCCCUCACUUACAGUUUUGAUUCUUUCACUCUUGGGUCAUCGUCUCAUCUAGCAAUAAGUGGCUCAACAGGGGCUAUCACUGUAGCAGUUGCAGCCCUUGACAGGGAAAUUGCUCCUACCUAUACAGCAACUGUAAAGGUGACAGAUUCUGGUACACCAAUGUCAAGGACAGCCUACGCCCAGGUGACUAUAUACAUUGAUGAUCUGAAUGACAAUGCCCCUGUGUUCAGCAGUGCCUUAUACAAUGGCAGCGUGAAUGAGAACAGUGCCACCACAACAUCUAUAAUGAAAGUGGUGGCCACUGACUUAGACAACAAUGCCAACGCUGCCAUCACUUACAGCAUCAACAGUGUUUUACUGAAUGGGACUAGUGCUGACACUUAUCUGAAGAUUGACUCGAGUACUGGAGUCAUCUCACCAAAGACAUCCAUAAAUUAUGAAACUGUGCAGUCCUUCAUUUUUGUUGUUGUUGCCACAGAUGGGGGGACACCUGCUUUGUCAGCGACUUCAACAGUCACAAUUAAUGUCAUAGAUGUCAAUGACAACAACCCAAUUUUUCUGCCAACUUUUUACAAUGCUGAAGUGGCAUACAGUGGUCAGUGUCAGAGUGUCAUCACAACUGUGACUGCGACAGAUGCUGACACUGGUAGUAAUGGACUUAUCUCAUACUCCUUACAGACAGCUGCCUACAACUAUCUAUUUAGCAUGAAUGCAAAGUCCGGGGAACUGAGCCUUAGUGUUGUUGCAGACACUUACACCAGAUACUCACUAGAUAUACAGGCAAGUGAUGCUGGCUCACCUAUCAAAACUGCUGUUACUGCUGCUAAAGUGAGAGUUGACACCUAUGUACCCAACAACCAAGUGGUAACAUUCAGGCUUCUCAUUCCAAGAAUAAGCUUUUUAAACCAGUCAGCAUCCUUCUUGACCAACUUGCAGACAGUUGUUAGAAACAAGUAUCCAUCAGCCCUUGUUAGACUCUGGUGUGUCCAGGAGUAUGAUGGUGUUUCACAGUUACCUCCCAGUGGACGUAGAAGAUUACUAGCUGAGCAACCAGUCGAUGCAUUUGUUUAUGUUGUGAAAGACAACAACAGUGAGUCAUCUAGUAACCUGAACACAGCUAAAUCAUUCCUGACACAAGAUGAGUUCUUGGCCCUUGUUGCUGCUAACCCACAGGGAGAUCCAGGUUCUAACAUACAAGGGAGUGCUUGGGACUACUACAGGAUUGUAAGUGUGGACCCUUACUAUGAAAAGAGUCAGAGCUGGUGGGACACAGACUAUGGGAAAAUUAUCACUGCCAUAGCCUGUCUGCUUGGCCUGAUCCUGUUGUGCCUGCUCAUCUACUUCAUUGUCAGAUGUUGCUGUGCAGGGAGCAAAACCUACAAACCCAAGACUCGUGUUGCUGAAGUUGAACCUGUCAAACCAGCUCCCCAAAAGAAAAUGAUAGAUUAUGCAUGGCAACCUCAGCCACCCCCAGAUGAUGGAGGACAACCAUACAGAAAAGCUUUCCCUCCCAUGUUGAUCACAGAUCCAAUGACUCCACCUCGUAGUGCGGCCAGUCGGCCCAUUACAUCUUCUAGUACUAGGUCUAGAGGUCCUCGCUCUCUAAUUCUCACUACCAAUGAUGACCCAGCUCCACCUUAUUCAGUUAAUAACAGACAUUUUGAUGGGAAAGCCAUGGAUCAUAUCACAGGUAAAAUGUAUGAGUACAAUACUAAGACCAAUGAACGCAGAUGGAUAGAGUAACAUGUGGACAUCCUGUUACAUAAUUGAUGGGAAAUACUUACAUUUUUUUGUCAUUAAUUGAGCUAACUAUAAUCUUAAAUGUUAACAAUUUAUGCAUUCCCGGUGGUAUCUUCUACUUGAUGUAGUAAAUUUUUAUCAAACUAUUUUUUUUCUUCUAAAUGUUUAAGAUCACGUUUUAUGAAUUUAUUCUAUAAACUUAAUGUAACUAUUUCUAGAUAUCUAAGACUUCCAAGAAAAAUGUUUAUCACAUAAUGAUGUGAUGUUUCAAAUUUGUUAAAGUCUUAAGAUUUAACCUCAUCUGGUAGAUAUUUGCUUUAGUUUUCAACUUUUGAGUAUGUCCACUGGCUGUAAUGGGCAUUUCGUGCUAACAGUGUCUGGACUUGAGAGAACAUACAGUAUUUCUUUUUUAAUCAACAUUUAGAGUUGAAACUAUUGUUCAAAGCAAGACUAGAAAGUUGUUUUAAUAAGGCAGAAAAAAAAAGUUCUUUACAAAACCUAUGAUCUCACAGCUGUUUAAAAUAAAUUGUUUCAGAACAAUGAAAAAUAAAGCAUUUUCCUUGACAAUCUCAAUGUUUAUCUAUGCAAAAAGUCUCAACCCAUGUAUCAUAUGAAUAUAUUUUUUAUUGUUUACUUUUAAAAAUAUUGUAAUUUCAUUACAUGUGUAAAAAUUGUCAUUCUUAACUUAAAUGUAAAAUUAUUUGUAACUAUCUGGUCUCAGGAAAUGUUUUUUUUUUUUAAUUUUUCUACAUGUAUGUUUUGUUUUUUUUUUAAACCCUUUUAAUUGAAACCGUCCAGAAGAAAAGUGAAAUGAAAAUUUCCAGCAAUAUUUUUAAUAUUUUCAAUUUAUUAAUCAUUUGAUAAAAAAAAAAGAAUGGUUAUGUAUAUUUGAGGUUUAAUAACUAAUAAUUGAAUAUUCAUUCAUUCAUAAAUUAUUUUGUCUAAUACAUUAAACAGAACAGCCAAUAGAAGAGAAUUGCAUAGUACAAAAAGUUUUUUUUUUUUUUUCAAAGUUUACAAUUUACUUGUUCUGCAUUGCCUUUACUGGGAGGUGCCCUGUAGUUUACUUUAUUUUUAACCACUUCUGUUUGCUGAGAAACCAGGUCUGACACUGAUAAGUGUGUGUUGGCUAACUACUGGUAUAAGAAAACAAGUGAUACUCUCAAGAGAUUCAAUGUCAGUAUUCAUGCUUUUGUCGAGUGUCAACACCAUUCUUUGAUCUGUGAUAUUACAUAUGACUACCUGUCAAACAUUCCAAUACUCAUCUAAUGAUUUCA